GCGGGCCAACAUGGCGGCUCCCAUGACCACGGCCGCCGCUCGGGCCGCGUUCUGGGCCGCCGGUGCCGCUGCGGUGGGGCCGCUCCGGCUGGGAGCAGGUGCGGUGGGGCCGCUCCGGCUGGGAGCAGCUCGCCUCCCGGGGAGCCGCUGGGGCGGGCGCAGCUCGGCGCUGGGCAGGAUCCUGGGCGUUCCUGGCCGCUGGAGCGGGAGCAGCUCGGCGCUGGGCAGCCUCCUGGGCAUCCCCACCGAGGCACCGCCCGCCGCUCUGGGCCAGCACCCGCCGCCCGUGGCUACCGACAAAGAGGAGCAGAGGCGCCUCUUGGAGAACCGGCCCGACCAGCCCCAGAACCCCAAGGUGCUGAGAAUUGCCAUCAUUGGCGCUCCCAACGCUGGGAAAUCCACGCUCUCCAACCGGCUCCUGGGCAGGAAGGUUUUCCCAGUCUCCAAGAAGGUCCACACCACCCGGUGCAAGGCCUGGGGUGUCAUCACACACGAGGACACACAGCUGAUCAUUCUGGACACACCAGGCCUCACUAAUCCCUUAAAAGCCAAAAGGCAUAAUUUAGAUGAAGCCAUGCUGACAGACCCAUGGGACAGCAUGAAACAUGCAGAUUUAGUCCUGGUUUUGGUGGACGUGUCAGAUCACUGGACACGGAACUCUCUGAGCAGAGAGGUGCUGAAGUGCCUGUCUCAGUUCCCCCACACCCCCAGUGUCCUGGUCCUGAACAAGGUGGAUAUACUAAAGAAGAAGUUUCUCCUGCUGGAAAUAGUAGCUGACCUGACAGAGGGAGUUGUAAAUGGAAAGAAACUGGAAGUGAAAUCUGCAUUUAAACAGGAUUCCAGUUCUUCAGCAAAGUCUCCUCUUCAAAUCACUCAGCCUUCUCCACCUGAAGGCAAGGUCCCACGAUCUCCCUGUGGGCAGGAAAAGAAUCAGGCCCAGGAAGGCUCUGCUUUGGACAGGAGCAGUGUUGUUGGGGGUGCUGGCACAGGGGAAGCCCAAGGGCCAAAGUACUAUGGACCCGAGGAUCUAAAAGACAUGAAAGGCUGGCCACACUUCCAGGAGAUCUUCAUGCUGGCAGCUCUCCAUGGGGAGGAGGUGGAUACACUCAAGAGGUACCUCCUGAUGCAAGCCAAGCCAGGCCCUUGGGAAUUCCACAGCGAUGUCCUGACCAACCAGUCACCUCAAGAGAUCUGUGAUAAUAUCAUCAGGGAGAAGGUCCUGGAGUACCUGCCCCUGGAAGUGCCUUAUGGAGUGACUCAGGUGACGGACAUCUGGGAGGAAGGAGAAUGUGGGGAGCUCCUCAUCGUGCAGAGCCUCCUGGUCCCAAGGGAGUCUCAUAAGAGGAUGUUGAUUGGAAGAGGAGGAAAGGUCAUCAGCAGGAUUGCUCAGGAGGCUGGCCAGGACCUGAUGAACGCUUUCCUGUGUGACGUCCGCCUGAAGCUCAAGGUGGAGGUGAAGGGUUGAGCCCUUUGUGUGUUUUAACAGCUCUUGAGCUCUGAUUGUGUGGAGAAACCAGUCCUGGGGCUAUCUUGGCACCUUUGUUCAAUCCAGACACAGAGGACGAUGGAAUCACUACAGUGGGCUGAAGUGGAAUAUGUUAUCUUUGGGGGAACAGCCCAAACUGAAAUAAAAUCUCCAGACUUCUAUGGCAUCUGAACUGGGGACGGACACUGGAGAAUCAGCUGCACCCAUGAUUCUGGUACUGCAUUUCCAGAGCUGCCACCCACUUCUUUUGGGCUGUGUCUCACAUCCUUGCUCCUGGGUGUCUGUACAUGGAAGCUCAGGAGCAUCUCCUGCCUUGUAGCAAACGAAGGGUUGCAGUGGAGGAUUAUCAGCACGUUUGUAAUCUCUUCUGAAGGCUGAAUCAUGGUCACAUAGGGGGACGAGGCCACCCCAGCCCACCUGAUGGUCUCGUAGGGGCUUUUCUCCCUGCCCUGUUGAAGUUGGUGGGUGUAGGGAGUUGGUUUUAGGGGUUUCCUGGCAGCUGGAACAUCUGUAAUGCCUGACUGGCUUGUCUGUCAUGCAAAACCAGUGUGGACCCACUUUUUAGGAAUUGGAAUAGUUUAUUGCAUCAGAGUUGCUUCCAAGUCCUCACUCUUUGCACCAGGUUCACAGGUACAAACACAGAAGCUGUUGCAGCUAAAGAAAACCCUGAAGUGGGAAGAGCAGCAGGUUCUGUAUAGCUCAGGUGUAACAGAUGGUUGGGGAUGGAGAGCACCUGGCACAGGUGAGGCUGGAGGAGCAGGGCUGGCUCUGCAGAGCCCUUGGCAUGGUGGAGCCUGGCACCACAUAUGUGCACCUGGAUCUGGUGUUUGGGGCUUGUUUUGUCUCUUCACAUGGCUGUGCUCAGGUGUUUGAGGCACUGGGUGCCUUCCUACCAGAAACCCAGGUAAAGCUCUGUGUGCUGUUAUAAAUUAACAUCCCUGAGGGAAGAAAACCCCAGCAGUGAAGAGAUUGGGAAGGGUCUGGGACCCAAACCUGCUGAGCCCCUUGUCCCUCUCUGGUGCAGUGUGAAAGAGAUGUUUUACCCUUCUGCUGGAGGAUUCUAUCUGGAAUGUGAGAUCGACUGAAAACUGGGUUGGGAAACCUCCACGGACUGUCCUUCCAUGUUUCCCAGGAGCAGGGGGUGCUGUGGUCCCUUGAAUGCUGCUGUCCAACUUUUGUAUUUCUCUUGCAAUAAAAUGAGGUCCCAGCACAA